AUGCCGAAUCUCCGCGUUGGGGCCGCACAUCGAGCCCAUUGCUUCUCGUACACCCAGAUUCUGUUCCUGCUAGUGGCCGGGCGAGGGGUUGCGGUGGGCAUCGGGUCUGCGGGUCCACAUGGCGAUGCGGAAGAUGCUGGUGCAGCUGAAGGGUGGGUCGCAGAAGCGCGGGACGGUGCUGCGUAUGGGGGUGGCGCUGCGGACGUCCCUGGUGCUGCCGAUGGGCUUGCCGACUCGGAUGAUGCAUGUGCCUCGGAUGUGCGUGUCGCUGAAGCGGGCGACGGUGCUGUGGACGGAAGGGGCGCAGCUGAGGGCCCGGGCGCGGCAGAUGGGCCUGGCGUGGCGGAUGAUGCAUGUGCUGCGGCUGGGCGGGUCGCUGCAGCGGGCGACGGUGCUGUGGAAGGGCGGGGCGCUGCGGACGGCCCUGGCGUUGCAGACGGGCCUGGCGUGGCGGAUGAUGCAUGUGCCGCGGUUGGGCGGGUCGCAGCAGCGGGCGACGGUGCUGUGGAAGGGCGGGGCGCUGCGGACGGCCCUGGCGUUGCAGACGGGCCUGGCGGAUGA